AUGCAAAGUGUAAUUCUACUAUUCCUCCUAAUUGGUCUAGCUUUACCGACAGAAGUUCCCAUCGGGUGUGUGACGAUCAAAAACGUAGAAUCGGGAAAGUAUCUUGCCGGGGAUUUCAAGCAGAAAAACAACUUUCGCUACAUCGGUGGAAGGGAGAACGAAAGCGAAAAAGAGUUUUGGAAAGUCGCGAAAUGUGACGGCGAUUACACGCUGUUCAACACCAAUAUCAGUCAAUUUAUGAUGACGGAAGCAGUCGAAAUUGGUGGAGAGCGUGCCGUCUAUACGGUUGGGGCGGAUGUUUAUGUGCACACGAAAAAGUGGAAAAUUAUACCCCAAGGAGAGCAUUUCUGCAUCAGCAAUGCGAAGAACCCGGGUUGUUUGUUUUUGGGAUCAUUUAGCAACACCUAUUCAAAGGAAAAUUGUCAGGACUGCAAAGAGGAUCAGUACAAGUGGGAGCUUACGUCAUCCUAUUUUUACUCUGACUCGGACUCGGACUCGGACUCGGACUCGGACUCGGACUCGGACUCGGACUCGGACUCGGACUCGGACUCGGACUCGGACUCGGACUCGGACUCGGACUCGGACUCUGGCUUUGACUUUGAAACGCCCUUUGAAAACAAACAUAGAAACAAGUGUUGCUAG